GGUAAAAUCGCGCGGCGUGUGUGUUUCGCUUUCCUGACAGACUAAACUAAUGUGGCUCACCAGAUUAUUCGUCUCAAAUACAAACCAGAGAGGAAUAAACGAAGACACCACGUCGGCUAGAAAGGCUACAGCUCCUGUCCGUCGAAAUGAGCGACGACACAGACUCCCCUCCGGAGAGGGAAAUGAAGGAUUUUCAGUUCCGUCAGAUGAAGAAAACGAGAGUUUUUGAGCCUGCUGAAGAUUUGCCAAAAGAAAGAUCAAGUCUGCUUUCCGUCUCAAACAAAUUUGGUUUAACUUUUGUUGGGCUGGACAGAACAUUCAAAGUUUACCAAACUCAAGACAUCCUGGCUGCUGAUAAAGUUGAAGGCACCUCCAACGUAGUAGUCGAGGGGGUUCCAGCAUUGGCGGAGGUGACUGUGGAACUGGCUCUGCACCACUUGGCUCUCAGUUGUGAUGAACUUACGUUGUCAGUAUGCGGCGUGUCUGAGGAGACGGGUUUGUCCCUCACAUUCUAUGAUGUCCGCACCUUCAUGAACAAGGCAAGACCACAAAAGUUGCCCUUUGCAUCACGGCUGCCACCAGUACCCACUGGCACUUUAGUGCAGGACCUGAAGUGGAAUCCUGCUCAUACAUCCAUGUUGGCUGCCUGUAUGUCUGAUGGCAGUAUGCAGAUUUUGGAGGUUGCUGAUAGUGUCAGAGUGCUGGCCGAGCUACCUGCUUCAAGUGGCAUUACGUGCAUUUGCUGGAGUCCAAAAGGAAAACAAGUUGCUGCAGGAAAAAUGAAUGCCACCGUCAGUCAGUAUACCCCAGCACUAGAAGAAAAGAAAGUUAUCCCAUGUCCACACUUCUACACCUCUGACGAACCUGUCAAAGUUCUGGAUGUGCUGUGGCUGAGAACUUUUGUGUUUGCAGUGGUAUAUGCUGCUGCUGAUGGGUCGCUUGAGACCCCUCCUGAUCUAGUGUUGAUUUCCCUUCCUAAGAAGGAUGAGAGGGUAGAUACAAAGUACCUGCACUUUAGUGACACGGUAUAUGGCAGCUGCACUGAGAGACAACACCACUACUUCCUCAGCCACAUAGAGGACUGGGACCUUGUGUUUGCGGCAUCAGCAGCUUCCAUUGAAGUCAGCGUUAUAGCCAGACAAGAUGACAAGAUCUGGGAGCUUUGGAUCCUGGAGGAUGCGAGUAGGGCUGAGCUUCCAGUGACCGAGACAAAUGAAGACACUCUUCCCCUCGGUGUAGCAAUAGACUAUACCAGCCAGCAGGAGAUCCACAUCACGGAUGAGAAGACCUUGCCACCAGCACCCACUAUGCUAAUGCUAUCCACGGAGGGACUACUCUGCCCAUUUGCCCUGCUCAACCUCAACCUCAACCCUGGUGUUAAGCAACUGGUCUCAGCCCCCACUACCCUCACCUUGGAGGGGGAGAGACUGCCCAAGCCAGGUUCUUCUGCCACCCAACUACCCAAAAUUGCUGCCUCCAUCCCAUCUGCCCCAGCAACAUUCUCAAACCUCGGUCUUACUCCAGCCCCUGCUGCCCCAUUCAGCAUGGUUCCCACAGCUCCUGUGUCGUCAUCUUCAUCGUCAGGUUUCACUUUCUCUGUCCCAACUACAUGCGCCACCUCUGCCCCUUCAGCCUUCCCCCUGAUGGGACCCACACCUUUUGGCUUAGGGUCCACGGGCUUCCCCUUUACCUCCAAACCUCCCUCCGUCACUCCCUCAGCACCUUCAGGGUUUACUUUCACCCCUUCCAUCAAACCGUCACCAAUGGCAGCUCCAGCGCCCCAGAACCUGGCUGCUCCAUCACCACCAACAGUGAAACUGAAUCUAAAUGAGAGAUUUUCAACAUUGGAGCCCCCAGCACCAACACCACAGUCUUCCUCAUUAACUUCCUCGCUGGCCAAAACAGCUGUCUCAAAUUCUGGUAGUUUGACCGCCCCUCCACUCUCAACCACUAAACCACCAGCUGUAUUAGCCCCAGUGCGUCCAGUUCAAACCAGCACACCACCCACAGUCAUCCAGAAGCCUUCUCCUGCUGCCCAGGGCCGUGUCCAAACUCCACAGGCAGCUGUUAGUGUGAAGGCCCUGGAGAAGCAGCUACAGCAAAAGAAAGACUCUGAUCCCAUUAUGGCUGGUAUACUGGAGGAGAUUGCACACUUCCAGAAGGAGUUAGAUGACCUUAAAGCACGAAGCGCAAGAGCAGACUUCAAGGUUGGCACCAAUGAUGAGAUGAAGGAGUUGAGGAAGGAGUCGGAGGACCUUCAUAUUUUCACCCUGGAGAUCAAGGAAACUACUGAGUCUCUCCAUGGAGAUAUUGGUACACUAAAGACCACCUUGCUGGAGGGCUUUGCUGGGGCAGAAGAAGCCAAAGCCCAGAGUGAGCUGGGCAGAGACAGAAAUUACAGACAGCUGCUGUACAAAAAACCUCUGGAUCCACGCAGUGAGGAACAGCUCAAGGAGAUUCGCAGGCUGUACCAGUAUGUUACAUUUGCUGUGGAGGAUGUCAAUGAUGUGUUGGAUGUGGAAUGGGAGAAACACCUGGAGAAGAAGAAAAAGCUGAAACACAUGGUUGUGCCAGGGCGUGAGGGUUUGUUCACCACACUGGCCAACAACCUGUACAUUAUCAACCAGCAGAAGAACAGAUUGGACCAGUUGGUUAAGGAACUCACUUCACUGCGCCUCUACAACAAGACUGCUGCUCCAACUAUAAACCCCAGUACUGCUACAGCACCAACAUCUGGUUUGGAAAGCGAGCUUGAAAGCUUACGUGACACACUCCUGAAAGCCAGGCUGGACUCCAGCCCUCCUAAGGCCAAAUCCAAAUCUCCAGCAGCCAAGAUAUCCCCAGUGAAACAGUCCCAGUUGCGAAAUUUCCUCUCAAAGGGACAGAUGCCUCCUGUCCGCUCUACUGCACCAGCCAACCUGUCUCGGUCAGCCUUCCUUUCACCUAAAUACUAUGAAGACUUGGAUGAUGUGAGCUCCACGUCCUCCCUGUCCCAGUCCCUGGAGCCUCACCCGGUUCACUUGGAGCUGGAGGAGGAGGAACUACAGCCAGAACCUGUUCCAGUGACUGUCAUUCCUCAAGCAUUGUCUACCCCCCGCCACCCCACAGUCGUGAGGACCCCUUCUAUCCAGCCUGGCUUCGGGGCCAUCCAGUCCACCCCUUUAACCAAAAUCCACUCAGUACCGGGUAUGGGCUUUGGACUUAGCCCAAUUGCCAACCCUGUUCCUACCAAUAAAAUCAACCUCAGCGGGGCUGAUAGCACUGCUCUUGCCACAAAGACAGUAAAACAUGGAGCCCCACCAACUGAGAGGACCAUCCCUGUCACCGUCCCGGCACAGCAGGCUGCGGGCACUGCAGCUCUACGCAGACAGAUGGCCAAUCAGAAGACAGCUGUUGUCAGUACUUCCUUGACAGAGUCAACUUUGAAGACUGUUCCUCAGGUGGUCAAUGUCCAGGAGCUCAAGGACAAAGGGCCUCCUGUGCCAGUUCCCAGUAUAAUCAGUUCAUCAGUACCAGAUCAAGCAGGUCAAGUCUUUGCAGUUUCUUCCAACCAGGCCAAACGAAAUCCUGCCUUAGGUAUCCAGAAGAUGUCCUCUGAAAGUACAACCACCACACAGGGAAGCUUCGUGUUUGGUCAGUCACCCAAAGCAGAUGUUUCUGUGCCUUCUGGUAGCUCAGCAGAGCAAAUUACCAGCAAAGGGUUUUCCUUUGCAUCAGGGUCUUCAGGCUUCAGUUUUGCUUCAGUUACACAGGGAGCUGGAAUAUCACAAGUGAAGGAUGUGAAUAAAUUCGCCUUUGGUGGAAAUGGCAAGAUGAUGUUUGGCCAGACUGGAGAGGAUUCAUUCUCCACUGCUCUUGACUCUGGGUCUCCCACCCUUCCUCCAAACACAUCAGGAGACAAGCUCACCUCCACCACGACUGCCCUUAGGUUAGAGCCACAGCCCCCUAAGACUGUUGGAGGAGAAACUCUUGGCAUUUUCUCUGGACUACGUGUGGGCCCAGGAGAAGAAGCUAAAGAUUCAUCCAUUAAACCUGCUGCUGCUUCAUUUGGCUUUGGGGAAACUGGACUUGGUAUGGGCAAAGGAGCAGCACAGUUUAGCUUUGGUGCAAUACUCCAAAAGUCUGCAGAAGAUUCUACAGGAGCAGACUUGUCCAAGGGUGCAGUGUCGGGCAGUUUGUUCAAGCCUCCUGAAUCAAAUCCCAAGCCAGCCGUUUCUGUUCCCCAAUCUAGCUCAAUUGCCCCAACAUUACCUACAUCUUUCAGUAGUCUUCUCGGAGCUUCUUCAGACUCAUCAGAGGAACCAAAGGUGCCCCCACAACCUUCUGAACCCACACCGCCUCCUGAAAAAGAACAUGCUACUGAACCACGUGUAGAGAGCACCACUCCUCUAGCAAUACCUGAGCCCGCAGCGGAUUCUGCCGCCACAGAAACCACAGCAGCCACAGUUACCCCACCAAUAUACACACCUCCUUUGGCAACAGCUGCCCCUACCCCAGACCCUCCCACCUCAAUCACCGCCCCAACUGAAGCAAACCCUGCAACACCAGCCAGUGCGGCUCCUACAUUUAAUCUCACCCCAGACAGCACCACCACCCCUGUUCCUGCACCCACUUCAGCUGCUGCCACCCCUGCUGUAGUACCUGUCUCUCAGGUAGCUCCAGCAGCAUUCCAGGUGCCCAGUUCUGACAAACCAGGUUCCAUUUUUACUCAGCCUGCCCUUGCAGUAACAGACAGUAGUUCCCUUGGAGUUACACCAGUUAUCAGCACAGCUGUGCCUGCAGCCACCACUCCCACCCAUACUGUUGCUAACACUACUACUACUGCCGCUAGUGUGUUUGGGCAACCUGCUGCACCUCCAGCGUCCUCAGCUCCUUCAGCCCCCGCAGCCCCCACAGCCCCCGCAGCCCCAGUAUCAACUACAUUUGGCUCAGCUGGGUUUGGUACAUCAACUGGAACUGGUUUUGGCAAGUCCGUAUUUGGCCAGGUGAGUGGCUUUGGCCAGCCUGCCGGCAACACUGGAACAGCCAGUAGCUUCUCUUUUGGCCAGUCAACAUUUGGAGCAACUUCUAACAGUGCGACUACUGGAGGAGGACUUUUUGGUGCUUCUACUCCUAGCAAUGCCAGUUCCUUCUCUUUCGGCACAAGCAGUGCCAACACAGCCAGCAGCACUGGCUCAGGGCUGUUUGGGCAAAGCACAGCACCAGCAUUUGGCCAGAGCUCUGGAUUUGGGCAAGGGACUGUGUUUGGGAGUAAUACCACCACAUCCUCAUCUACAGGUUUCAGCUUUGGACAACCAGCAGCUUUUGGCUGCUCUUCUGCCACAUCUGUGUUUGGCCAACAAUCUAGCACUGGGAGUUUAUUUGGACAGCAACAGCCAUCAUCUGGUGGGAGUCUGUUUGGUUCAAAUUCAGCCAAUACAGCAGGCUCAGCUGCAGGUGGAGGGUUCUUUAGUGGCCUGGGAGGUAAACCAAGUGAAGACGCUGCCAAUAAGAACCCAUUUGGCACCCCUGCUGCCACCGGAGGGUUUGGCCAGCCUGCUCAGACAGGUGCCAACAGUCUGUUUGGGAGUAGUGGUGCAAAGGCCUUUGGUUUUGGACAGGCCUCCUUUGGCGAGCAGAAACCUAGUGGGACCUUCAGCACUGGUGCAGGGAGUGUCGCAUCCCAGGGAUUUGGCUCUUUCUCUACACCGACAAAACAAGGUGGUUUUGGCAGUGCUCCAGUGUUUGGGAGUCCCCCUUCCUUUGGUAGUUCCCCAGCAUUUGGUGGUGGAGCAUCAUUCGGCUCAAAUGCCUCCUUCAGCGGCAACAUGGUUCCCUCAGCCGGUAAAGUGUUCGGAGAGGGAACGGCGGCUUCCAGCAUGGGAGGAUUUGGGUUUGCCUCACCUCCCAGCGGCCCAUCCUUUGGUGCUCUAGCCAAUCAGAACCCUCCAUCAUUUGGGGCCUUGGCCCAGCAGGGCACUGGGUUUGGAAGUCAGGCCAGCAGCUUCUCCGGGUUUGGACAACAGCCACAGGCAGGAGGAUUCUCUGGAAACACCUUCGGCUCUACAAACCAAUCAAGUCCACAAACAUUUGCCAGUUGGAGAAGCUAGUUUUAUUAAACCUCCACGUCACUGCUACUUUCUGCAAUCAAGCUCUUUGUGCCACACAAUGGGUGGAGGGACAGAGGGAAUAUUGUGUUGCAUUUGGGUUAAAAGGGUGAAUAAGGUGAAUUAGAAGAAGAUAGAUUUACUUGCAUUUCUUUGUAGAAAACUUUUGUAUAUUCUAGAAAAAAAGUUUUCAAGCAGGUUGCAGAGUGUAGUUCAUUCUAUACAUACAUAUUAAUUUUGGAAGUUUACGCCAUAGGAGAACACAAGAGAAUCGAGAAUUGAUAUCCAUACAAGCAGAAGACGUGUAGUUUGAGGAACUUGGAACAAACUUAUUUACUACAUUUUGAAAACCAUGGAAACCAAAAAAUUAUCUCUUUUGUAAACCGGUCCAUGACCCUCUUCAGAAAAUGUAGUACAUUGUUGCACACAUUAUUGUUGUUUUUUUGAUUACAGGCCUCUGGGGUUAAUUUUGUUUCCAGCGUUUUAAAGUUUUUGUUAGUUCACCUUUAAACACAGCAAUACACAAAAACAUUCGAGCUCUACUUCUGAACAUCUCACUCUUUCACUGAAUUAUGUAAACUGGUGUCCUCAGCGUGGCUAUAUAAAUUAAUUCAGUACAGUCAUGGACAAAUGUCAAACAUGUACGCCCAUGGAAAAUGUAACAAAAUUAAACAAACACAUUUUGAACUGUCAUAAAAAGUAUUGUGGUUUGAGAUGGGAAAAAAAAGUUAUUUUAUUUUUCAAAUGAUUUUUGCAGUAAACCCCGCUUGAUGUAUAUUUUUACAUGAAAAAGUGAAAAUAAAUUAAGUUCCUCCAACAA